AUGGCUACCGACGAGGUCCUUGUAUGCUCUGCACUAACUUUCCGAAGCCCUCCACCGCAGCAUAAGCUCAUUCACCGUCAUAUCCGACUCUCUCCGUCGGAAUCUCAUCAGAUCCGAAGAACUGCUCCCUCACUCCGCCAGCUAUCGAGACUUCUCGGGCUUCCUAUGCCUUGGUAUUCUCCUCAAUUUCCGUCGUUCUCCAGGGAUAUCGACGAGAUCUCGGCUUACUCGGGCCUAACCUUCCGUCGACCGGUUCAACCAUCGGCGCGCUCUACGCUAGAUCGGCAAGACAUGCUCUUUCAUAGUCACAUCCUACGCUCGCCGCCAGAUUCAUCUCUCCUUACUGUGUUGAUCUCCGAUUCAAGUCCAUGUAUGUCACGGAGGAUCCGAUGUCCUUCCCCUCCGUCGUUUCUCUGGUACGAGCUUUCUAUUGGUUGGGCCUGGCCCAUUAGAAAUCUUAGCCUUAAAAGGUCUGUUUCCAUGCCUUCAAAGCCCACUUUAUGUGCUGUUUUUGUGCUUUGUAUUUUUGUCAACCUUAAUCUAGCCUAUACCUCAUCGAGGAUGAGAAAAGUAAAGAUGGAACUUGCGGGGAAAGUCACUAUGCUUACCGGAGAUUUCUUCGCCGAAAAAGCUCUUGUACCGUCGAUUGCUACAACCCUCCUCAACCAUCCAGCGUAA